CUUAAAUUCGCCCUAAAUUUUCCUGCAUUUCAUUUCCAUUUCAAUUUCGAGACGUUACCUUUUCUCUCUCUCCAAACACUACUUUCUCUCUCUUCCUCCUUUCCAAACUCUUCUCCCAUGUUCCCUCGGCAUCAUCGAUGGAGAGUGAAGCCUUAACUCUUCUCUGUUCCAGAUCUCUGUUGCUUGUUACUGUUCGACUAUUCACAUUUUCUCUUUUCACAUUCUGAUUUCGUUGCAAAUUCUUUCGAUUUUCCAAGAUGAUCUUCACCUCCUCAGCCUGUAAUCGUUAACUGAAGCAUGUGCAGUGGUCCAAAGAAAUCAAAAUCUCCUUCAGAUUCGUCUUCUUCAUCAGCUGUUCAAGUUUCAACUAACGUUAACAAUAUGAAAACUCUAACUGUUAAUACUGAAGAUUCUUUUUCCAGUUUACUGGAACUUGCUUCUAACAAUGAUAUUGAAGGUUUUCAGCUACUUUUAGAGAAGGAAGCUUCUUCAAUUAAUGAAAUUGGGACCUGGUAUGUUCGUCAAAAUGGUUCCAAACAAAUUGUUCUUGAGCACAGAACUCCUUUGAUGGUUGCUGCUACAUAUGGUAGCAUCGAUGUUCUGAAGUUUAUACUCUCGUGUCCCGAGGCAGAUGUAAAUUUCUCCUGUGGGAUGAAUAAAAGCACUGCCCUUCACUGUGCUGCUUCUGGUGGGUCUGUUAAUGCAGUUGAUGCUGUGAAGCUUCUGUUAUCGGCUGGUGCUGAUCUUAAUUGCAUUGAUGCUAAUGGAAAUCGUCCUGUUGAUGUUAUUACUGUUCCUCCCAAGUUGCAAGGCAUGAAAGCUAGUCUUGAGGAACUUCUUUCGGAGGGUGCUUCUGAUGAAUCUGUUGGUGACUUCUCUGUACCGGUUUCGGUUAGUUCUUCCAGUCCUGGUUCCCCUGCCCAUUUAUCUUCACUUGAAAAUGGGAUUCCAUACUCUCCUUCGGCCUCACCACCUUCUCCUGUGGCUUCAAAGUUUGCUGAUGCAGCUAUUAACUCUCUAUCAGAGAAGAAAGAAUACCCAAUUGAUCCAUCACUUCCUGACAUUAAAAACAGCAUAUACGCAACAGAUGAAUUUCGUAUGUUUUCAUUCAAGGUCCGUCCUUGUUCCCGUGCAUAUUCUCAUGAUUGGACUGAGUGUCCAUUUGUUCAUCCUGGAGAGAAUGCUCGUAGGAGAGACCCCAGAAAGUUCCACUACAGUUGUGUGCCAUGCCCUGAUUUUCGGAAAGGGGCUUGUAGACGCGGAGAUAUGUGUGAAUAUGCUCACGGAGUGUUUGAGUGCUGGCUACACCCAGCUCAGUAUCGAACACGCCUCUGCAAAGAUGGCACUAGCUGCAAUAGAAGGGUGUGUUUUUUUGCUCACACUGCAGAGGAACUGCGUCCACUGUAUGUGUCUACUGGAUCUGCUGUCCCUUCGCCACGUUCUUCUGCCUCUGCUCAUGUCAUGGACAUGGCUGCUGCAAUGAGCCUUUUUCCUGGUUCACCUUCCUCAGUGUCUUCCAUGUCUCCAUCCCACUUUGCCCAGCCGAUGUCUCCAUCCGCCAAUGGCAUCUCACUCUCAUCUGGUGCUUGGGCCCAGGCAAAUGUGCCAGCUCUUCAUUUACCAGGAAGCAAUCCUCAAUCUAGUCGCUUGAGGUCUUCUCUCAGUGCUCGUGACAUUCCACCUGAAGACUUGAAUAUGUUGCCUGAUUUUGAUGGCCAACAGCAGCUUUUGAAUGACCUGAGCUGUUUCUUACAGCCUCGUCCUGGUGCUGUUUCAGUGGGUCGAUCUUGUAGGUCUAAGACACUAACACCAUCAAAUCUGGAAGAGCUCUUUUCUGCUGAGAUUUCUUCAUCUCCCCGGUAUUCUGAGCCAGCAGGGGGUUCUGUUUUUUCCCCUACACACAAAUCAGCUGUUAUGAAUCAGUUUCAACAGCUUCAAAGUAUGUUAUCACCUAUAAAUACCAAUAUGCUGUCUCCCAAGAAUGUUGAGCAUCCUCUUUUACAGGCUUCAUUUGGGGUCUCUUCUCCUGGAAGGAUGUCACCAAGAAGUGUUGAACCAAUCUCUCCAAUGAGCUCUCGUAUAUCUGCAUUUGCCCAGCGUGAGAAACAGCAGCAACAACUGCGGAGUCUUAGUUCAAGGGAUCUUGGUGUCAACAAUCCCGCCUCAUUUGUUGGCUCCCCUGCAAACCCUUGGUCUAAGUGGGGAUCUCCUAAUGGAAAAGUUGAUUGGUCAGUCAAUGGAGCUGAGCUAGGUCAAAAAAUGCGAAGAACCUCCUCAUUUGAGCUUAAAAACAAUGAGGAAGAGCCUGAUCUAUCCUGGGUCCAAUCCCUGGUGAAGGAGUCCCCACCCGAGGCGAUGAAAGAGAAGUUUGCAUCUUCUGGCCCUAUUGCAUCUGCUGAUGGAUUGAAUUCCAAUUCAGAAGUUGAAUCUGUUGAUCAUUCUGUUUUAGGAGCUUGGCUCGAGCAAAUGCAACUGGACCAGCUUGUAGUCUAAUCAAAUUGACCCUUUACAUCUUGUUGAGAUAGGUAUUUAAUUUCGAAAGGUACAUAUUCUUUUGGUGAAAUUUUUUGGGGAGAGUCAGGAGGAAAUGUAGUGAAAGAAAAGGAGGGUUGGCUGCAAAGUUGCCGAAGAAUAUUCUAUUUUUUUUAAAGAAAAUAAUUGCCAUUCAUUAUUUUACUACAGAGCUUCAGGAGAGGUGAACAGUCUCUCUUUGGGCUAAAAUUCAAUCCUGUCGAGGUUAUGUAUUUUUCUUCCAAAACGCCCCGUUCCAGGAUUUUGCCUUUUUCCAUUUUACUCCGGUUUCCUUUGAAAAAAGCCAGAUGUUUUAUAUAGCAACAAAACCAGUAGCUUUGUUUGUUUUCAAUUUCCUUCCGAAGUUUACCAAGUUAAGUAUGUCAGUGAUUUCCUGUUGUCUAAUGCCAAAAAGGUUGAAGUGAUAAUCUUUUUGAAGGAAUAAUUAGAGGUGAUCUGCGCAGUUGAAUAUUUACUGCAGAUGGUUAAGAUAUAGUGAAGUUUAUUAUGCUUCUAUGGUGUAACCUUGAAUUGUACUGGUUAUCUUUUCAUGUUCCAAUUUAAAUGCAAUGUUGUUUUUAUUUUUAUCCCCUU